UCCGCGGGGGCUUCGCUCUGCGGCCAUGUUCCUGACGGACUUUCGCAAAGAGUUCUAUGAGGUGGUCGUGAACCAGCGGGUGCUACUGCUUGUUGCUUCAGAUGUCGAUGCAUUGUGCGCUUGUAAAAUAGUCCAAGCAUUAUUUCACUGUGAUCAUGUGCAAUAUACUUUAGUCCCAGUUUCUGGAUGGCAAGAACUUGAAACUGCAUUUCUUGAACAUAAAGAUCAGUUCCAGUAUUUUGUUCUAAUAAAUUGUGGUGCCAAUGUUGACCUGCUGGACGUUCUUCAACCUGAGGAAGACAUAAUUUUCUUUGUGUGCGACACUCACAGGCCGAUCAACGUAGUGAAUGUUUACAAUGAGACACAGAUCAAGCUCCUGGUUAAGGAAGAUGAUGAUCUCGAAAUUCCUGCCUAUGAUGAUAUCUUCAGGGAUGAGGAGGAUGAAGAGGAAGAUUCUGGGAAUGAAAGUGAUGGAUCAGAGCCUUCAGGAAAGCGUAGACGAUUUGAAGAGGAAAUAGUGGAAAGAACAAUGAAAAGACGGCAAAGAAGAGAAUGGGAGGCACGCAGGCAAGAAAUUAUUUUUGACUAUGAGCAGUAUGAAUAUCACGGGACUUCAUCUGCCAUGAUGAUGUUUGACUUGGCAUGGAUAAUGUCGAAAGAUCUGAAUGAUAUGUUGUGGUGGGCUAUUGUUGGGCUAACGGAUCAGUGGGUUCAAGACAAAAUCACUCAGAUGAAAUAUGUAACGGACAUUGGAACCCUACAGCGUCAUGUCUCCCGGCAUAACCAUCGCAAUGGAGAUGAAGAGAACUCCCUUUCUAUUGACUGCAUGAGAAUAGCUUUUGAAUAUGACUUGUGCCUCGCACUCUACCAACACUGGUCUCUGUUUGAAAGCUUUUGCAAUACUUGUUACACUUCUGCUAGCUUCAAGCUUUGGUCUGUGCAAGGGCAGAAGAGACUGCAGGAAUUCCUUGCCGAUAUGGGGUUACCUUUGAAGCAAGUAAAACAGAAAUUCAAUUCUAUGGACAUUUCCUUGAAAGAGAACUUACGGGAGAUGAUUGAAGAAUCUGCAAAUAAGUUUGGAAUGAAGGAUUUAAGAGUACAAACCUUCAGCAUCCAUUUUGGUUUUAAAAAUAAGUUUUUAGCCAGUGAUGUAGUGUAUGCAGUUGCUUCUUUAAUGGAGAAUAUGGAGAAAGAUGAAAGUGGAACUGAUAACUUUAUCAAGGCUUUGGAUAGUCUUUCCAGGAGUAACCUGGACAAAUUGCAUCAAGGACUGGAGCUAGCAAAAAAGCAACUGUGUGCCAUUCAGCAGACUGUAGCCAGCUGCAUCUGCACCAAUCUUGUAAUCAAUCAGGGGCCGUUCCUUUACUGCUAUCUUAUGGAGGGCACACCAGAUGUGAAAUUGUUCUCCAGGCCGAUAUCAUUAUGUCUGCUCAGUAAAUACUUACUCAAGUCCUUUGUUUGUUCUACGAAAAACAAGCGCUGUAAACUGCUGCCAAUGGUUAUGGCAGCACCGAUGGAUAUCCAACAAGGGACAGUGAUUAUGGUGGGGAUUCCACCACAUACAGAAAGCUCUGACAAAAAGAACUUUUUCGGAAGGGCAUUUGAAAAAGCUGCAGAGAACACCAGUUCUCGAACUUUACAUAACCAUUUUGACAUGUCUAUAAUUGAAUUGAAAAUGGAAGAUAGGAGCAAAUUUCUGGAUGCACUUAUUUCUCUUUUGUCUUAAUGGUAAGGUGGUGUUGAAUUUUGAACCAGUUAGAAUUUAUUCUGCAUUGUAUAAUUGAUUAUUUUUUAUUUAAAAUUUCCCC